UGCAAUGCCGGCAAUGUAACGAGUAUCUAGAUGAGAACGCGCGCGAACGUGUGCCAUUUUAAAUAGAACCUCAUCACUAUAAGGAUAAAAUUGAUAAACAAAUAAUAUAUUGCUUAGUGUGUAUCUUAGUUAUUUGAAGUAUUUCUAUAUUGGUCUAUUUAAAAUGGGUUCUUUGUAUAGUUUAUGCUUGGUUCUGUUGUUCGGUGUUUAUUGUGAAGCUCAGUUGCGAAAAGAGGCGUACAUGACAGUUCCAAACCUAAUCAAAGCAGCAGGCUAUCCAGUAGAGAAGCACCGUGUGACCACCCGCGAUGGCUAUAUUCUACAGAUGCACAGGAUACCGGCUGGAAGACGGGUCGUUAGACGGAUUGAUGAGCCCAUCGCUAAAGGGAAGAAGGUCAUCAUGAUCGUACACGGCCUCUCUGGCAGCAGCGGAGACUUCGUGCUGAUGGGACCCGAGAAAAGCCUUUCUUACGUUUUAGCUGACGCUGGGUACGACGUGUGGUUGGCCAAUUUACGGGGUACCGACUACAGCAGCCACGUGAACCUCACAAAGAAUGAACAGAAAUUCUGGGAAUUCAGUUUCCACGAACACGGCAAAUAUGACGUGCCGGCAAUGAUUGACCACGUCCUGAACGUGACGGGGAUGGAGAAGAUCAUAUACCUGGGCCACUCCAUGGGGAGCACCAGCUUCUUCACCAUGAUGUCCAUGAAACCGGAGUACAAUGACAAAAUAUCCUUCUGCGUGGCGAUGGGAGCCGCGGUCUAUUUGGAAAAUGUUAAACCGAUAGCAAAAUUAGCGCUUGUGACUUUGAAUGUAACGAACAUAAUGCGAGAGCGAGGGGUCUGGGGUAUCCACCCGGCGCUGAUACACGGGGCGGUGAAGAACCUGUGUACUCUGAAUCAGCCCGAAAUUGACCUAUGUGCCUACUUCAUAUUUUCUAUAAUCGGUGAAGACCGGGAGCAACAUGACUUGGAUAUGUUUCCUAUCUACCUGCACAGGAUUCAAAUGUCACCGUUCCGUUCGUUGGAGCAUUAUGGAAAAAUUGCAUUAACAGGAGUGUUCACAACGUUCAGUGGUGGUGUGAAUGGUCCAGUGAAGCCGUACAACUUGACUAACGUUAGAGUUCCUGUCACCUUAGUGUAUGGAGAGAAUGAUCAGCUCACUGAGAAAUCUCAAAUAAUGAAGUUGGCAGAGGAGCUCAAAUCUAUUGGUGUGCUGGAAGAGGUGAGGCCGGCUUGCUCCUGGCCCAAAUUCAACCAUUUCGACUUCGUAUUUGCUAAGGAUGUAGGCAAGCUACUGAACAAACCACUUGUCAAGUUUAUAGACAAAUUGUACAAUAAAUAUAAUGCAGUAUGAUGUUA